UUUUACAAGUUGGAGUAGGGUCGAGUUAGAACGUAAAUUCCUCAGCUUGGCCGUCUUUAAUAAAAUUUUCCAAUCAUUCUAAAGUCGGCACCUGUUUCUUGGUGCUUACCCAAAUUUCGCUCGAGACCAAAACCCUAAUAGAGUGCAGGUUUUCCCUUACUCCGGGACGCUAACAGGGUUUUGCUCGUAGUUCUGCUAUUUCUGUGAUUCGAUUCAAGUCCUGGACCGAUGGGCACGGAGGCGAAAGCGAAGGUGGCUCCAAGAGUGGUGAAGCUAGACAAGGCAUUGAAACUAGUUGAAUCUUGGGUAAAUAAUAUGAGUGCAUCAGCAACAGGUGAAUCUAAUGAACGGGAUUUUGAAGGUCGGCCUUCGAGGCUGGGUCUGGGAGCCAAAGUCACACCACAUGCAAAAGUGGCGGCUUCAACUGAUCCUGUUGAAAGAAAAUUGCUUGGGAAGGUAAAUGCUAAAAAGAGACAAGCCUCCAGAAAUCUAGAAAAGACAAACACUGCUGAAGACAGUGGACCAAGUGAAGAGGACAAUGAUGAACCUGAAAGUAGAACAAAUGCUUUUGCCAAGAAGAGGGCAAUGCCUCCAGCCAUGUCUUUACAGUCAACAAAGAAGAGUAAAUGAAAUAUAGGAGGCGUGUAUCCCUAGAUGUUAUAGUCAUAUAGGACUAUCUUCUGGAAGCUGGUUCCUAUUACAAUCUGUUGAUGAAAUGAGUUCUACCUGCUAACAUCACAUCUAUCUAUUAUCAUUCAUGGACCUUGAGAGAUGCUUGGUUGUUUGUACGGCCUUGAUAACUUGCUAUAUUGAAUCUGUUGAUCCGAGAGUCAUUUAGCUGCUCAGAGAUAAUGGGUUGUUACUUCCUGAGGAAAUUACUAUACUCAGGCUUUCAAAAACUCUUGCUGUUAGCACUGUGGAACAGUUAAUUGCUGCGUUACAGUUUUCAUGUUUGAUGAUUUGGCUGAACUGCCCUAGCUUCUUGACUACAUUGGUGAUAUGCAUAUUAGAUAUCUUUUAUGUUUCAGUCUCUA